CCCUGAAGGCACCACGAGGACGGUCACUGCGUCGUCUAGGGCGUGAGACGUUGCUAUGGAGUUCGGCUAAGGAACCCUCAGGUAGUGAGACGCUGAAGCCGGAGGGUAAGAGACUGCGGGGAACAAUCCCUGAACCCAAAGGAAUGAAUCCCUAAUGGUGGAGUUUCAGGCCUCAGUGACAGGCUGAACCCAGACUCCCAGGGCCCAUGCUUCCACCUGAUGAAUGAUGGCCUGAACUAUGAGCAAACCGGAUUAUAUGAACACUUCGGUGCAGGAGCCUCCUCUUGACUUCUCCUUUAAAAGCAUCCACGUGAUCCAAGAUCUGGUAGGUGAGGAGCCAAGGACAGGUCUACGACCAGUGAAGCACUCAAAGUCAGGAAAGUCACUGACCCAGUCCCUGUGGCUCAACAACAAUGUCCUCAAUGAUCUGAAAGACUUCAGCCAGGUGGUUUCACAGCUUCUGCAGCACCCAGAGAACCUGGCCUGGAUUGACCUCUCCUUCAACGACCUGACUUCCAUCGACCCUAUCCUAACAACAUUCUUCAACCUAAGUGUCCUCUACCUUCAUGGCAACAGCAUCCAUCGCCUAGGGGAGGUAAAUAAGCUAUCUGUUCUCCCUCGUCUCCGGAGCCUGACCCUCCAUGGUAACCCCAUAGAGGAAGAAAAGGGGUACAGGCAGUAUGUGCUAUGCAACCUGCCCCACGUCACCACGUUUGACUUCAGUGGAGUCACUAAGGCCGACCGCACCACAGCCGAGGUCUGGAAACGGAUGAACAUCAAGCCCAAGAAGGUCCGGGUCAAGCAGGAUGUACUCUGAGAUUCAAAGGACCCCAACACACCUAAUGCCCUGAGGAUGAUCAGCUUGGUUUGACAAUAAAUGAUUUGAGCUGUUCAGCAGAUUAAAUGUCA